AUGUCUAUUCAUAUCUAUCUAUCUAUCUAUCUAUCUAUCUAUCUAUCUAUCUAUCUAUCUAUCUAUCUGUUCAUGAAUAUCUAUCAAAAUUUUAAUAUCUUCUGUCUGCCUAUCUAUCUAUCUAUCUAUCUAUCUAUCUAUCUAUCUAUCUAUCUAUCUAAUUCAGUCUAUUCAUAUCUCUCUUUAUCGCAUAUGCAUCUAUCUCCAUAUAUUAUUUAUAUUGUUCGGACUGUUGACCUUCUAGCUAGCUAUUUUAGUCUGUUCAUAUCUAUCUAUCUAUCUGUCUUUUUUCUUUCUUUUUAUCUAUCUAUACUUUUUUGUUUAUGUCUGUCUAUCUAUCCUUGUUUGACCAUAUCUAUCUAUCUAUCUAUUCUAUCUAUCUAUCUAUCUAUCUAUCAUUUUCAAUGUUCAUUAUCUAUCUAUCUAUCUAUCUAUCUAUCUAUCUAUCUAUCUAUCUUUACUUGUUUGUUCAUAUCUAUCUAUCUAUCUAUCUAUCUAUCUAUCUAUCUAUCUAUCUAUCUAUCUGUCUAUCUAUAA